CCCUGCACAAGUGGUAUUUUUACCCAAAAAAUUACGGGCCCAUUCAUUUGUUUCCUUCUUGUUUCAGAUAAUGGUCGUACACUAGAGUUCCCAGGACCUUUCUCCUUCAUUAGCAAGCGUUUGGUGAACCACACUAUAGGAACUAAAAUUGUUGCUGAUUUUGAGAACUGCAAGCUGCAUUGUUACUACGAACACAAUUGCGUGAGUGUCAACUAUCACGUGAGCACAAAAACAUGUGAGUUAAACAACGCUACUCAUCGAUGGCAUAAUAACGAAUUCAAAGAUGAAAAUGGUUACCUCUAUCAUGGAGUAGAUGUAAGCUCUUUCUAGAUAACUGCUCUCCUUCCCCUUCCCCCUUUUCUUCCUCCUCCUUCUCCUUCUCCUCCUCCUCAUCAUCAACAUUAUCAUCAUUAUCAUCAUCAUCAUCACCGUCAACAUCAUUUCUCGUUUACUUUUCUUCUUCUUCUUCUUCUUCUUCUUCUUCUUCUUCUUCUUCUUCUUCUUCUUCUUCUUCUUCUUCUUAAGGUAAAAAGCAAAAUUUCCACUGAUUAUAUCACUUUAUCCUAAUCAUCCAGCUACUCGUUUGCUGUCAUUUACUAUUUUCUCUGUUUCUCUUUUAAGAAUGCCUGUGAAGAAUUCGAUUGUUUAAAUGGAGGAACCUGUCAAUCCGGAUUCACAGUAGAAAGAUAUCGAUGUUUGUGCCCUCUUGGUUUCAGGGGUAAGCGCUGUCAAGCAGGUAAGAAAAUAAAAGAGGUAAAAUGAAGCCUUUCUUUCACUUAAGAUUUGCGGUCUUCGAGAAUUGCUUUUCUUACUAUGAUUUGCCGUCGUAUCAAAUCCAUCCCACACUUCAACGUUUGGUGGACUCUUUAGCAACGGAUUUCAGUGGACAUGUUGGGUGGAUUUCUGCAUAGGAGAGCGUGUUAGGAACAAACAAAGGAUGAAUAAGUUUUUUCCCUCUACAAACAAUUAGGUGACUGAGAAUGAUCUAGCAGAUUGUUAGUUUGGUUGCUCGAAUAGAAAAUCUUCGAGAACAAAUCUACUGGUUGUCGUCUCAAAGAUAAAAAACCGAGGGUCCGAUCGAGUGUGAGAAAAAAAAAUUGCCAAAGAGUAAUUGCGGCCGGCGACAAGAGGAGCCCGCAAUCCUAAUCUCCAUCACGCCUGCACUGUACGUAUUGUAGGCAGCUUCGUUCAGAAUUCCACUAAGAAUGCAGUGGAAUGCAGAAGUCGCAAUCUGAUAACGCUCAUCUGGACCUUCUAUCACUCGUUAUCUGAUUACGCCUGAUUUCAGUGACUUUCUAUCACUAAAACUUACACAAACCACAGCGUUGGUUGAGAAAGAGCACCAUGUAAGACCUUCGCUGUCGUCCGCAUUCCGUAAUCUUUAGUACAUAAUAUCUUUGUUGUCACAUACUGUCCUGCGUAGAAUUCAUUCAAGAUGCAUCUUAAGUAAAAUUAAUUAUCAUUCAGAUAUAGACGAAUGCCGGUUCAACUCUCACGAUUGUAGCAACAAUGCCAUAACAGCUGUAGCUGCUAUUCGAUAAAUCCCGAAGCUCUUCUUGACGGGUAUGAAUGAAGACAGUACAUCAGAACGUAUUAACUAUUAACACAGAUUACGACUGUACAUUACUAACACGGGAUAACUGAUUGUAUUUGUAGAGUUUGUACGAGCAAAGCUGAAUUACAAGAUCAUUCAGAAUUCAGAUGCAUGUACAAUGUAACUCUGUCCCAAAACAAAAACGAAUAAUUAUACAAAACUGGCAGUGCUCGAGGUGAUGCAUGGUUGAGACGCAUAUCAGCGAAUAAUCUACUUUAAUUCCUUUAGAAAAUGUCAGUGGUCUCUUAAAGACACUAUUACUGCGAUGUCCAAUAGUCUUUGGACUACCCUAAAAAGGUUUGGUAUUAAUCUACACUUUCGUCAAUCCCUUUACUACAUCCUUCCGUCCACCUGAUCCACGAUUAUCCCAUAAAAAUGUAUGCAGUUUUAUCUCUCGUUCCAGUNGCGAUGUCCAAUAGUCUUUGGACUACCCUAAAAAGGUUUGGUAUUAAUCUACACUUUCGUCAAUCCCUUUACUACAUCCUUCCGUCCACCUGAUCCACGAUUAUCCCAUAAAAAUGUAUGCAGUUUUAUCUCUCGUUCCAGUAAGAGAACACCUAAUCAGCUCGAUCUGCUAAGGUAUAUCCUUUGUUUAGCAUUCCUUAACUGAACCGUGCUAUUACUCACUUUCACGCUCUCGUUCAUUUCGGAGUUGUCACGCGGCUUUGGUGAUAUUCCUGCUCGUUGCUGCAGAGUUCAUGGCAUUUUUUGUUUGUUUUGACUGGUUUUCUUCUGUAAUGUUAUUUUUCCUCUUUCUCUUUGUUCAUUAUCAUUAUAAUAUGCAUGCAUGCAGGCAUGUUUUUUUCUUAAAGAAAGAUUAGUCAUCCAUCCAUGCAGCCAUCCAUUCAUUCACUUUUUACCUAUCUACCUUUCUAUCUAAUCUACCUCCAUAUGCAGACAAUAGAUUCACUGACCGUGAUAUUUUCGCAUAUCCAAAAUAACCUUUUUGUAUGAUCCAUGUGUUUCUAUUUUCAGAAUUUUCAAUAAACUCAACAAUAUUACAUGAAAAUCAGUAUUAUCUCCAGCAUCUUCACCGUUUUCUUGCUAGCGCUCCGGAGGUUAAGGAGGAUUCUUCCUGGCGCCUUUGCUACCGUGCUACCUCAGAUGGUUGGGAACCUAACACCUUCCAUAAAGGCUGUGACGAUAAAAGAAAUACUGUGACCAUCGUACAGAAAGGCCAAUAUGUCUUUGGAGGAUACACUGACAUUCCUUGGAGUAAGAUUUGAUAUUGAUUUUUAAGUACCUUUGAAAGGGCUUUAGUGCCACGGGUGUUUCACUGACACCUUAAGGUACUCCUACAGUUGUUCCUCAUAACUGCAAUAUGAUUCCAACAAUAGUACUAGCAUUAUAGUUUACAAUAGAGUAAUGCUUUAAUAGGAAGCGAAAAACACUAAUAUCAUUUCCUAAAUGAUGAAUUAUUUGUCAGAGAGACACGCCUCGAUAUGCCGUUUAUACUAUACUUAAGCUCUCUACGUUUUACCCAUUCAAAUGAGUUAAGGUGGCUCGAUACAGUUUUUCAGGGUAAAUACUUUCUUAGUGUGAGCAUAAACUACUUCGAAAAAUUGCUAUUAUAGUUGUAUUAGGUAAAGAUGAAAUUUGUUAUGAUCAGGGUUGCAAUGACAUCGGAUCCGGAAUUGUCAUAGUAACGAAAUGAAGCCUUUACCUAUUCUACUUGCAGCAGUAUUUCUCUGAACUGGGACAGUUCACCCAAAAUUGUUCACGGAAGCUCUUUCCUCCAAUAGCUGCCUCGAUGUUCGUGAAGUUUAAGCGAAAUCUGUAAGAGCGUUAUCUAGAUAUUUUGGAAUGAACGUUUUAUGGUUAUAAAUACGGUAAAAGAUGGACAAUCUUGAAUUUCACCAUCUUGGAGCAGAAGAUAGAGGGCUUAUCAGCGAUGGUGCUGCAGAGAGCGGUGUUCAACACUAUCUCAAAUUAUUAGAUUUAAAAGCAUCUGUCGAGCACUAGCUUGUUGAACCAAUUUUGGACCCUGACAAAGAGCAUGGAGAAAUCGUUAGAUAGAUGCAACUCGCUAAUACUGCUUUUAGCGCUCAAUAUACAAACGACAUACUACGAACACUAAUGAACUAUAUGGCGAGUUAUGAAACUAAAUGAAAGAAUCAGAGAGGCUUGUCAUCCACAGAAAGCAGCAUUCAAAGUUGUGCUUUAGCAGCCAGCAAGAAAAGCCGUUGACCGUGGAAAAACUGAAAUUUUUUUUCGCCGUUUUGUUUUUUUAUAACCUUUUUUUUUUGUUUAAUCUAUUGCCUGGUUGGUUUCAAUUUGUUUGUACUGCUGCCCAUUUACGCCUUCAAGAGAUAUUGCGAUCAACGUAUUUCUAGUAUCAAAAAUAAUCAAUUAGCAAAUAAAAAUCGUACAGAUAGGCUAUUUUACUGUCUGCUGAAAGGAAAAUAUACAUGAUAACAAAAAUGUUAGUUAAAGAAAUAGAAAAACAUGAAGUAUAUUCAAUCAUUUUAAAUUCUUAUGUUAUACUUUUUAUGUUUUGUUUUGUUAGAAUCCAGUGGUGGCUAUGCCGGAACCCCCAAUGCGUUUAUCUUUUCUCUCAACAAUUAUGAAGGGUUGGCACCGUUUUUGAGCAAGGUGAAGCCAGAAUACACACGAGCGGCAAUUGACAGGCGUUCAUAUAUUGGUCCAAAGUUUGGUUCGGACCUCAUCAUUUAUCUUGAUCUCAAAUCACACGCAUCUUUGGGCACGUACUACUCUGCUCCAGCUUCAGUGAACAAGGCCAAUAUCCUGAAGGGACCUGGAGGGGAUUUCUCACCUGAUGAGGUGGAGGUAUUUUAUCUUGACCUAUCCCGCUAA